GAUUACUGGGGAGGUUUUGAGGUGCAAAAUGGCCGUGAUGAUUAGAAUCGCUUUCAGAGUUUCUUGGCUUUGUUACCUGCUAAUUGGAGGGAUAACCUGUUCUACAUCAAGUGAUGGGAGUCCUGCACCAGGUUCUGAUGCCGCAUGGCUCUAUGCAGGCUCACUUAGGUCUAAAGGGUAUGGUAAUUACAACUCUCCAACAGCUCCAUUGCAAGCGCAGCUGACCGAAGAGCAACAGAACCAUCUGGCUGCCAUCCUGCAAAAGCAACUUGCACCCAUGCCCCAGGCACCUCAGAAAAUGUUGUAUCCAGCUCAAAUGCCCCAGCAGGAAAAGCAACCGUCCGCCAUGAUCAAACAGCAGACUCUACCGGCCAGUUAUCCUACACAGCCUAAAGGAGUGUUGUAUACUGCUCAAAUGCCCAAGAAGCAACCAGCUACUGAACUUCAGCAUCAGAAGGAACAGCAAGUGUGGUAUCCAGUUAAAAUUCCCCAGCAGGAAAAGAAAUCAACUACUAGUUCUCAGCAGCAGAAGGAACUGACCACCAUGCCCCAGAAGCAACCGGCUCCAAUGCCUGUACCGCAGAAACAACCAACAGCUAUGCCCCAGCAAGUAUGGUAUCCAGCUCAAAUGCAGCAGAAGCAACCAGCCCCAAUGCCUCCACCCCAGAAGCAACCGGCCACCAUGCCCAAGCAAGUGUGGCAUCCAGCUCAAAUGCCUCAGCAGCAAAAGCAACUAGCUACUAAACCUCAGCAGCAGAAGGAACCGGCCGCCAUAACCCAGCAACCACAGCAAGUGUUGCAUCCAGCUCAAAUGCUGCUAAAGCAACUUACUGCCAUGCCCCAGCAAGUGUGGUAUCCUGCUCAAAAGCCCCAGCAGCAGAAGCAACCGGCCGUUGAACCUCAGCAGCAGAUUGAACAGACCGCCAUGCCCCAGCCACCUCAGCAAGUGUGGCAUCCAGCUCAAUUUCCCCAGAAUCAACCAGUCCCUAUGCAUCAACCGCAGAAGGAACUGACCGCCAUUCCACCACAACUGUUGCAAUCUGCUCAAAUGCCCCAGCAGCAUAAGCAACCGGCUGCCAUGCUUCAGCAAGUGUGGCAAUUGGCCCCCAUGCCCCAGCAGCCGCACGAUGUGUGGUAUCCAGCUAAAAUGGUCCAGAAGCAACAAGCCGCUGCAACUCGGCGGCCGAAGGAACUGACCGCCAUACCCCAGCAAGCAUGGUAUCCAGCUCAAAAGCCCCAUCUGCAGAAGCAACCGGACGCUGAACCUCAGCAGCAAAUAGCACUGACCGCCAUUCCCCAGCCACCUCAGCAAGUGUGGCAUCCAGCUCAAUUUCCCCAGGAGCAGAAGCAACCAGCCUCAAUGUUUUUACCACAGAAGCAACCGACCGCCAUGCCCCAGCAAGAGUGGUAUCCAGCUCAAAUGCCCCAACAGCAACUGGCCCCAAUGCUUUUACUGCAGAAACAACCAACAGCUAUACCCCAGCAUGCAUGGUAUCCAGCUCAAAUGCCCCAUCAGCAGAAACAACUGGCCACCAUGCUGCAGAAGCAACCAGCCACUAUGCCCUCGGACGUGUUGCAUCCAGCUCAAAAGUCCCAGCUGCAGAAGCAACCAGCCGCUGAACUUCAGCAGCAAAUUGAACUGACUGCCAUGCCCCAGCCACCUCUGCAAAUGUGGCAUCCAGCUCAAUUUCCGCAGAAGCAGACGCAACCAGCCCCCAUCCAUCUACCUCAGAAGGAAUUGACUGGCAUACCCCAACAACUGUGGCAAACGGCCCAGCAGCAUAAGCAGCCGGCUGCCAUGCUUCAGCAAGUGUGGCAUCUGGCACAGAAGCAACCGGCCCUUAUGCCUCAGCAGCCUCACGACGUGUGGUAUCCAGCUAAAAUGGUCCAGAAGCACUACAAAAGCACUGAAGAUGGUGCCUCUGGUAGCUCUCAGGCCAGCAUCGUUGAACAGUCGGGUGUCAUCCCAAUCUAUUCCUACAGUUCCAAAUCACACUACGAGAAUGGGAGAACUGUCUUCUCCCAAACCCGCUACACUCCUAGGGAGCCUAUGCUGGUUGACAGUGGAGAUGCUCCCAAGGACAGUUAUGUUGGCAUUGGUGCACCAAGCAUAUAUCCACCACUAGUGAAGGAUUCUGCAAGGAAAAUGUAAUGGAUUCAUCCUCUAGAAGCUCUAAUGGUGAGAAUUGUUUCUGACAUUGGUUACUUAACAUUCUGUGUUGCUGACACUGCAGUUCUUUCUGCUUUUGUUUCAACCAGGAAGUUGCUGGUGCUCUUGCUGCUCUUGCUGCUCUAGCAUGAUGGAAUCAAUAAACAAUUUUACUUUCAAAAUGCCUUGUCUCUUUGAGAUAUUGGUUCUCAUAUCCAAUGCUUGCUAAUUGAGAACAGGUGGUGUGCAGUCUGUAGUAAAAAUGACUAAUGUUCAGUUAAUUCUUUGGUUUUCUAAUCUUUUCACCUGCGCUACUGGUUGUUCAAAAUAAAAGCUUGGGUCUACAUAAGA